CUACGCGAGGCUACCAUAAUGGUGACAAGUGGUGCAUGCGGAUUGGUUUGAGAGCAAGUUCUCUUCAAGAUGGUUUAGGAGGUGCUUCCGAGAAAUCACAAUAAAAAGAGAAAAAGGAGAGGAAGCUGGAGUAGUGGAAAAAAAAAAAAAAAAAAAAAAAAACAAGAACAAAAACUGAGGGGAAACCCCUGAUCCUAGAGUAUUUAAGUGAGCUCUGAAGGCCUUCGGUCAUAAUCUCACUGACACAGACAAGCACAGUUCAUCAAGAACAAGAAGACAAUGAAGACUAUUGCAGCUUUUGUUCUUCUUGCCUGCCUGAUCGCUGUAGGAGUGAAAGGGCAGGACAAGUCUUCGAAGGGCAGGUGCUUCUGUGCAGACAAAGGUGCAAACAUGGUUUUAGUGAAGAACAUUGAGAAGGUUGAAAUCAUCCCUCCAAGUCCAUCUUGUCGCAAACAUGAGAUUAUUGUCACUCUGAAGAAUGGUGCAGGAAGGAAAUGCAUGAAUCCAGAGUCAAAAUUCACUCAAAAUAUCAUAAAGGCUCUUGAGAAGAGGAGCCAGCAGUCUGUGCACCACAGUACAACUGUCACUGCGCCACAGAAGAACAUCCUGACAUCAACAUCAUCAGCACCAACAUCCUUCAAAUGACUUCAUAGUUGGAGUUCAAUGAAAAAAUAAACAACUAAAAAUAUUUAAAACAUUUCCUAAUGCAUAUGAUGAUUAAAUUAUUAUUAUUAUUAUUAGCACUGAGUUGUAAAAUAGUCAUUUUUUCACAAACAUAUUUUCAUAAGACCACUGAACAAUGUGUCAUAUGUACAGUCUUUUUAUAAUUUGAUGUAUGAUUUUAUUUUCAUUGUCCACAAAGAAGUGUCAAAUAAAGCUUUUUUUAUGAAUUACA